AUGGAUUUAGUCAACCACCUCAGUGAUAGGCUUUUGUUUGCGGUACCCAAAAAGGGCCGUCUUUAUGAAAAAUGUCUUUCUUUGCUCCAAGGCUCGGACAUUCAGUUCCGCAGAUCCAACAGAUUGGAUAUUUCUCUUUGCACAAACUUGCCAAUAGCUUUGAUUUUCUUGCCAGCGGCAGACAUACCAACUUUCGUUGGUGAAGGUAGAUGUGCUCUCGGUAUAACCGGUGUCGACCAGGUUGAGGAAAGCGGCGUCGAUGUUGAGCUCGGAAUGGACUUGUUGUUUGGCAGAUGUAAGCUACAGAUUCAGGUGCCAGAAAAUGGAAAGUUCAAAGAACCAAAAGAGCUCAUCGGUAAGACCAUUGUCACAAGUUUCGUUAACCUGACCAAGAAAUACUUUGCAGAGCUGGAGGGCGUUUCAGUUCAAGACAUGAAGACCAAAGUCAAGUUCGUGGGAGGCUCUGUGGAAGCCUCAUGUGCUCUAGGAGUUGGUGAUGCUAUUGCCGAUCUGGUUGAGAGUGGUGAAACCAUGAGAGCUGCGGGUCUUUGCGCUAUCGACACCGUGAUAGACACAUCUGCACACUUGAUUGUCUCCAAGGAUCAGACGAAUUCCGAGCUGGUCGAGCUCAUCAAGUCGAGAAUCGAAGGUGUGUUGGCUGCACAGAAGUAUGUGCUGUGUAAUUACAAUGCUCCAAGAUCCAACCUGCCUGGCCUGCUGCAGUUGACUCCAGGCAGAAGGGCUGCUACAGUCUCACCAUUGGAAGACGAUGAUUGGGUGGCUGUGUCGGCCAUGGUCGAGAAGAAGAACAUUGCAAACAUCAUGGACGGAUUAAAGAACCAAAACGCUUCGGAUAUUUUGACGUUUGAAAUCGCCAACUGUCGUGUCUGA